AUGGUGCACGCCGUUCUACCACCAACGCCGUCCUCGACAAAGGAUUCGAGGUUCAGUCACUCUAGCAAUGGGGACUACCGAGCCGUCCCGGUCUCUUCCACCUCCCACCCAGACAACCCAGUUCCGGAAGAACCUCGCAUUCGGUCACUGUCAAUCACUGACACGAGCUUCAAUGGCUCGUCACCCGCUCAAGAAACCGAAGGCUCGACCGACUUAGAUACUCCACCGACUCCUCUCACUCCGCUAGAUGAAGAGCACCCUAAUGCACGCGAAAGUCAAAAGGAGUUAGCAGAGAGCGGAAAUGGACAUCAAAGACGAGCAUCCACUGUCCUCAUCUCACAGAACUCCGAGGAUAUGAGACGGGUCUUGGAGAGCGUGGGUACCGCAGGCACACAGAAGGUUCAGCCUCUCUGCUGCGGUGGUGGAUGCUGUCGCAGCCAGCCGUUGACCAAGCUCGGACCGGUCCCUAGUGCUAACGCUGUCACUCCUCCGGACAAUGAAGCCUUCAGAAAACUCAACCUCAAUAUUGAAUACCUCACAUUGGACAGUGAACUUACCAACAUUGUUCCCAUACCAGAGAAGACAGUGUCCUUCUCAGUGGUACCGGCAUCGGCCGUGGAUCUGAAGCUGGGUCCCGCGGACCACCCGCCCACUUUCGUUCAGCCACAUCCCCCGUACAAUGUGUACCGGGCGCCUUUGCAUCACGCCCGAGAACUCACCAAGCCUGGCGCGGAGAAGCGGACUUUCCACUUUGACAUUGACGUGACCGACUACCCUGCGGAGAGCGGAGACGUUGAUUUUGUUGUGGGUGGGGCGAUUGGUGUCUGCCCCAGGAAUAAGGAAGAAGAGGUUGAUGAUAUCUUCAACCAGCUUGGUAUUCCCAAGUCGAUUCGUGACAAGAAGAUCACGUUGCAUACCACCAAGGGCCGGUGGCCUACGAUUUGGGGCGAUGACCAACCUCGGGAUCUGAUCACCACCCGGAGAGAGCUCCUGAGCUGGUGCUCCGAUAUUCAGAGCUACCCCCCCACAAAGCCUCUAUUCCGACUGCUCGCCGAGUACGCAACCGAACCCAAUGAGAAGAAGAUACUCAUGUUCCUUUCUUCAGCCCAGGGCCAGGGUGCAUUCUGCGAUCUCCGCACAGGAUCCUACAUUACCGUUUCCCAGCUACUCCAUGCAUUCCCCUCCUCUCAGCCACCCCUCGACCACCUUUUAUCCGUUCUGAACACCCUGAUGCCACGCUUCUACUCCCUGUCGCAGGACCCUCAGAUCUCAUGCCAGAGGCAGGAUACCAAGUGCCGUAGACUCGUUGAGAUCGCAGUGUCUGUGGCUGAAACCGAGGACUGGAGGGGCGGUACUCGGACCGGAGUCGGAUCCGGAUAUCUUGAGCGGCUCGCCAGACAGGCCAUCGAUGCUGAGCGGAAGGGCAUCGAUCCCCGGACUCUGGAUCUCCACGUUCCCAUGUUCCGUGGCCUGAUGGCCAAUCCUCUGGCCAAGCGAUUUGCCUCCGACGGUCCCAUGCUCCUCAUCGGCGCUGGUGUCGGCAUUGCCCCGUUCCGGGGUUUCGUCCAGCGCCGCCUGCAGUCGGCCAACUGUGCCAACAAGGUUUGGGUCUUACAGGGUAUUCGCGAUUCUCUUCUGGAUGAGCUCUACAGCGGCGAAUGGGGCGUUGAAGAGGAUAAGGUGCGGACGGUAGUCCAGAGUCGUCGCGGCGAGAGCAAGUACGUCCAGGAAGAGGUUCGUCAUCAGGCUGACCUGGUCUGGUUCGUCAUCAAUGCCCUUGACGGACGUGUUUUCGUCUGCGGUAGCGGCAAGGGCAUGGGAGAAGGCGUCGAGGAGGCCUUGGUUGAUGUCGCUAUGGCCAAGGGUAACCUGAAUCGCGAGGAAGCGGAGCACUUUUGGAAGAACAAGAAGGAAGCCGGUCAAUAUAUUGCCGAAACCUGGUAA